UACUACAGAAUCUACGACUUGUUUCGGUGUUACAUUGAGUGAAACAGCAAGAGACUAGUUUAAAAUUAUAGCAUAAAAAAAAAACUCGCAAGUAAAAUCGCAAUAACAUUAAGACCAACAAGGCUUAAUUUCACUUUCAGUUUGAGUAGGAGAGAAAGAGGCUUCAACUGGCUCAAACCAUAUUUGAGUUCAGUCUGGACACAUCUGGCUGAGCUGAGACUUUAUCAGAUAGCGCCAGUUCCCGGGUUUCUCGUAGGAUAAGUUUGAUACAGGCGCCUUCAUCAUGUCUGCUGCUGACAAGCUGCUGGAGUUGAUGUUCUCCUGGAUUGAAGAUAGGGAGCGCUGUGCAGAGAAGCUGAGGAAACUGGCCGGAGAGCUGGAGUCACUUAGGGAGAAAUGCAAUGCUGUAGAAUGUGCUAGCAGCGUAGUAUCUGUGGUUGGAGCAGCAAGUCUGAUUGGGGCCGGUGUGGCCACUGUCUUCACCGCUGGAGCAGCUGCUCCACUUUUAUUAGCUGGAGGAGUGUGUUCGGGUGUAGGUGUCACUGUAUCUGUGGCUACCAAAAUCACUGAGCACUUCUUAUCCAGUGACACCUUGAAAGAAGUGCAACAGAUAGAAGAAAACAGCAACAACAUUGCAAAAAAAAUCCAGAAAACAUAUGAGCAACUGAAUGCACAGGCAAAGGAGAGGAGUCCCAUUGCAGACCCAGAUGAGGUGGACCAACAUGUCAUGACUGAAAUUGUGGGAGCCAUGGCCAGACAAAGUGGACUAGGCCAGAAUAUUGGUUUCAGCGCAGAGUUUUUCUCUAAUCCAGCACUGGGAGCCAAGAUGAUGAACCAGAACGCCAACACUGCAAUUGCAGCUGGACUCACACUUGAAGUCAGUAUGUCAGUUGUCAGUAUUUUAACAUUUUUCUCAUUGAAAAAUGGUGGGAAGAAAUGGGAUAUUUUGUUUGCUGAAGGAGCCAAACAACUAAUGAAACAAGUGGCCACAACUGGAUUUAAAACAGCCCUUAAAGGAGGAGCCAUGGUUGUGGGAGGAGCUGUUGGAAUGGGGUUUGCUCUUUAUGAAGCGAUUGACAGCUGGACAGACCUGAUUAAGAAUAACCAUGUGACUGAAGCGAGCCAAUCACUGAGAGAUACCGCAUACAACAUUCGAAAGAUCAGCAAGACACUGAGGGAGCUGUUCAAUGAAAUGAGAGAAAAGUUUGAGGAGCUGGCAGAAGUGAAGUGCGUCAUUGAAAACAGCGACAGGAGCUCUGCGGAAAAAAGGAAACUGAUAGAUUAUGUAAUAAAAAUGUCUCAAGAUGAAGUGGUCAAGGAAUGGCUGAGAGAAAAUUAUGAGUCUGUCGCCUUCUUUGAACUUGUGGACAUGUUUAAUUUACUGAAACAAGAGCUCGAUAAGGAAAAGCACAAGACGGACCGUAAGGACAUCGACAUCACCUUUGUGGCACACGGAGCAAUUACAGGGUUCAGGAUCCCAGCCCGCUGUCUCCUGCCUCUGCCCUCCAUCAAAGAUGUGCUCCUGUAUUCUCCCUGGAACUGUGAUAUCAAUGCAGAUGUAGCGUAUGGUAUUGCUACAGGAAUGAUACAGCCUCAGAACAGGUGCUUCUUCUGUACACAAGAACACUGUCAGAUCCCUGAUUUCCUUCAUCAGCCCAGCAAUUUGCCCUUCUACUGGAAUUCCAUGAAUGCAGCUGAAGAGUGGCUGAUCCCAAAUAUCAAUUUAAGCCCGCUCAAAGCAUCAGAAGAUCAUGCAUGGGAUCACUUUGUGUUCCUACGAGGUAAACAUGGUGAACCUGCGAUUAACCGUGUCGUCAUCCCAUUCAUCCUCCCAAGAUGGAUGAGUUUUGUAGAGAACAUCCCGUUCAUGAUCGUCACUUUGACCAUGUCACUGGUGCUGUUUUUCUCAAAUUAUAGAGCCACUGUCCAUCUCUCUGCCUGUCUGGGUAGAUAUGAAGGAGAAGUACUGAAUCAGGAUUACCUUAGCACUCAGUACGCCUACACUAUCGACAAAACGUAUAUGGCAUCUUCAGAGGAAAUGUACAUCCACAGAAACACUGACCUGUACAGAGCCUUUAAAGCUGUGUUUGGUUAGAGAGCUCCUGUGUCUGAGAUUGUUUCAGUGUCAAACUGAACAAAAUACAAAGUUGUUACUUGAGUGAUGAAGCAAAGUUUCAGUGCUUUUGAUUCUCAGUUCCAGUUCAGUUGCAGUUUUCAUGGUGGAUUUCAAGUUUUAGUUGUUUCAUUUCAACAUUUCUUGUGUCAGUGUUAGCCUGCUGGAUAAUUUUAAACUGUACUCUGCUUCAAAAUCUGCUAAUUUACAGUAUACCAUACCACUAUCUAAUACAUUUUUUUAAUCACUUUGAAUGCAAGUACCACAUGAGUGUAUUGGAUAUUAACCAGUAUAAUUAUUUACUUAUGACUUGAGUGCUAUGAUCAUGUAUAAUUUCAUGUGUCUCCCACUAACAAAAUCCUGAACUACAGUUUAGAAAAUGUUUACUUGUCAUUCUUUGUUAUUUGAUUAAUUCAUAUUACAAGCUCUUAGUGCUCCCAUUGGUUCGUGUGAUAUCUUUAGAAAUAUCUAUCAAAUUACUCCCCUUAUAGUUAGAGGCUCUCUGUCCACCCAAAGAAAGACUGCCAAUGAUCCUCUUUCUUACAACACAUGGCUCCUCAAUUCCAAAACAUGACAAACUGUGUCAUCAAAAUGGCUCCUUUUGUUGUCAACUGAGAGAGAUGACAGAUCUCCAGAAAUAGACCACAGAGACAGAAGUGUGCCUCUGUUAACCUAAAAGCGCUCAUCCUGUCUUAAGUGGGAGGAUGUGCUUAAGUAUGUAUUGAGGUGGUAAAUUACAUAUUUUCAGAUCAAUAUGGGAUCUCAGGGCUCGUGGAGAUAUUGAUUACGCCAUACAAUCUAUAUGGGGCUAUGUAAUGUGUUGUUAUCAGUUGUUUUUUCUGAUGUUUCAAUAAAAGUCCUCAUUUACUCUUCAUGCAG